AUGAGAAUUGUUCGAAGUCGAGCAAGUCGGAAGGCCGUAGAUGAAGGAACCGCAUGUUCUUGUGCACAUUCGAUUCCUAUCAAUUGUCACGAUCGACUAGAUGAUACUCGAUAUCCAGCUAAUAUCUCAACAAUGCAUUACACCAUUUGUUACUUGAGCGCCCUACAAGCACCACCACGACCGUUAGCCAUAGGUGAAAAGAACUCCGUCGUUUUCACUAUCGAACCGUUUUGGCUAGAACCGUACUGGAAGGAGCUAAAAGUGGAUAAUUUCACUUUCCAAUACGACUUCGUUGUCAAGAAUCCCGAGCAUUGUGAGGGUACAGUCGUCACUUCGGAUGAUUAUGUUCAUUUCUGCAAUAUUGCCAUACCGCUGAACACGACAUACGAUGGAACAGAAGAAGUAAAAGAUAAAAACUAUGAAAGCAGUGAUAACUAUGAUGAGUAUGACGACGAAUUGCCAGAGGAAGUGGAAAUCGACCGCGAUAUUUUUGCUGGAGCACCAGAAGUGGAAGUGUACUACUUUGUAGAUGUUCAUCAACCAAGACAAUUGGACACGAAGGCUCAAUUAGGCACGUCGAUUCGUGACAUGAAGACAUCCGUAGAGUCUGAGAUUCUCAGAUAUGAUCUGAAAUCGGAUUUCGAGCUAGUGGAGAAUCUUCCAUCAGUGACUGGGCUAUCCAAACCACUUACGACGACAGCAGUAACUGAAGAGGAAACGACAAGCGAUUCCAAGGAAGACAAGGCAAGUGAAGAACUGGAGGAAGAAGAAAAGGCUGAGACCACUGGACACGAAAAUGCUGACGAAACUAGAAAAGUUACCGAGAGAACUGAAUCUGAACGUAGUCACGACGAUGUAAAGACGAGUGUGAAAGAUGAUCGCACUGACUCAAACAAGGAGCAGAACUUAUCAUUCAUCGAACGAAUUACGAAUAACAAAGGGGUUUUGGCUCGAUGGAUAUUCGGUGCAACAAUCGCCUUUUGCUUACUGUUCAUUCUAUGCGUUUGCAUCUUCCGUAGGCGAUGCUGCAAAUCUAAGGGAAGUAAUAAAUCUGUAAGCGUAAAUCGAUAUAAUAGCGUCAGUGGUCAGUCAGCUGCAACAUUUUCUGAAAAGGAACGACUUAAACAGUAA